AGUGAACAGUUUUCCUGGAAUUUUCUUUUUUUUUUGUGUGUAUCAGCCAAACCUGCCAGGGUAUACACGCCAUGGAAACUCUGUGUGUUGAGGAUAUUGACAUUUGCAUUUAAGGGAUCUGCCUAAACUGAGCAGAUAUGCUGUUAUCUCAUCCCUAAGAAUCAGGAGAGAAGAGUUCCAAGCAAGGGAAAAGCGGAUCUCACCUAUAAGCCACCGGCUAAUGGUGGAGAGAGGCUGCCAGCACAAUGAUAGAAGCUGUCCUUCUCCUCCUCAGUGCCCUCACCCAAGUCACAUAUGGACAGCUGAGGGUGAAUGGAAUUUCUCCAAACUCUGGGAGUCUCAACGGUGCAACCAGGAUCACAAUCCUAGGGCAGGGUUUUUCUGAUGCAAACCAGUUUAAUUACGGAGAUGGGAACGCUGCCCUGGGAAAUAGCGUCCAACUGGUGUCGGCCACCUUGUCCAUUCCCUGUGAUGUGGAGAAAGAUGCAAGCCAUGCAGGCCAAAUAACCUGCUACACUAGGUCAAUGCCGGCUGACAGUUAUCUCAUAAGAGUGAGUGUAGAUGGAGUUCCUGUGCCAGACAGUAACGUUUGCUAUGGCAAUCUCCAAAGCUGCAGAUUCACGGCCCAUAUGUACUACACCCCAGUUAUAAACACUAUUACCCCAUUCUCUGGAACUCCAGGUGCAAUGAUAACAAUCAGAGGAAAAAUCUUUACUGAUGUGUAUGGCAGUAACACAGCUCUGAGCUCCAACUCCAAAAAUGUCAGGGUAUUAAGGGUUUACGGUGGGGGAAUGCCCUGUGACUUGCUGAUUCCAAAUUCUGAUACCUUGUACGGACUACAACUUGACAGCACCAACAGUGAUAUGGGCACAAUGAUUUGUCAGUAUACUGGAACAUAUGUUGGCCAUCUCAAUAUCAGCUUUAUUUUGGACAGCAGUUAUGGACGGAGUUUACCAAGCUUGGCAACUUAUUUUGUGUCUUCCCUGAAUAAAAUCACCAUGUUCCAAACAUAUGCAGAGAUCACAGGCAUUUCCCCCUCUGUUGGAAGCACUGAAGGCGGCACAAUCAUCACAAUAACUGGGAACAACUUUGAUCAAACAGAUGCCCCUGCCCGAGUUCUUGUUGGAGGUCAGGACUGCAUUGUUCUUGGACUAACGGACACUACAAUAACAUGUCGAACUCCACCGAAGCCAAGUGUCCUGCCCACCCUGUUCCCAGGCAGCAGAGGACUGAAGUGUCAAAUGUGGAAUAAAACAUCUUCAUAUGCAAUCGACCAGGCCAUAAAUUUCAAUGAAAGUACCCCUAAUUAUGUUGGUGUUAGCUGGGUAGAAGAUGCAUCCCGGGCUUGGCCACUGUUAAAUUUUAUUGCCCGCCUCAGUGGCUUUUUUGUACCCUCUGAAACAGAUGACUACACCUUUUACAUCAAGGGAGAUGAUUAUUACAUCCUCAUGUUCAGUGAAACUGGCGACCCAGCAAACAAGACAAAGAUUGCAUAUGGCGGCUAUUCCACUUCUUACUUCUCUUAUGUGUCCCAGAUGUCAAGAACAUUUAGGCUUCAAAAAGGAAAACCGUAUUACAUUGAGAUAUAUUUGCACCAGUUCGGGGGGCCGUCAGCAGUAGACGUGGGCAUAUACAAGCCUAUCAGUGUCUACGGUGAAACACAGACUGCCGAUGCCGUUAAUGAAUUACAGGGUAUAGUGUCCCAGACGACUGUGUUACUAGAGCAGCAGACUGUAACAUUGCAGAACUGGAGCACUGCUACACCAAUAAAGGAAGUUCAAACAAUCAAUGUUACAAAACUUUGUGAUAGUGCUUGUCCAGCACUGUUCUACAGGCUCAUCGUCGGCAGUGAGAAAACAGAUUAUUUGUCAGCUGAUGCGUCGGCCGCUGAUGUUCAGACUGCCCUAAACAACUUGUGGUCUCUGAAACCAGACACUUUCAGCGUAACCAUGACAAGCUCAAGCAAUGAAAAUAUCUAUACUGUGACAUUCAACUCCCAAAGAGGUGAAUUCCAGUUGCUUUCCUAUGAGAUCCCAGAUGGGAGCAACCUUACUGUGACUGUGGCGGAAGAGACCAAAGGAAGAGCUGACAUGGGCACCUUCACCCUAGUGUGGGAUGGAGUUUACUCAAAGCCUAUAGCAGAUAAUGCAUCACCUGCAGAGGUGGAGAGUGCCAUUGAGGGGAUGCUGAGUUCCUUGUGCCCAGAUGGCUAUGUGAAGUACACGGAAAACAUGGCAGUCAAAUUUUUCAAGAAUUAUGAAAACGAUUUCACUCCGCUGAAUAAUCUAAGGGGCACUCUGUCGUAUACGGAAACCCCAGCGUUUUGUGGCCGCUUUUCUUUGAAAAAUCCAGUAACUGUGUUUGAUUCAGCGGAUGUUAGGCUUGACAAGACGCCGUACGGCCUUAUUUCACUGACCAUCCACAGCCAGAUGUGCUUCGCCUAUAAAGGAGCCCUAGCAAGUCAGAUUAACAUUGCUUUCCAGUACCAAGCAAGUACCGGUGUGGUCAAUUCGAGCAAUGUGUUUCCCUAUAAGUUUCCAACAUCAGACAGCUGGACGUACACGUGUGUCGACUUGUUGAACCUGAUAAAAUCCACUUACCCCGGCAAAAACUAUUAUGUGCAAACUAUUAGUCUACAAGCGGCCUCGACCUUCUACAUUGAUGUGCUCUAUAUUGGGCAAGUGGCUACAACCAACAAUAUUAAUGGUGCAGCUGUAAGAAGAGAACCCGCAUUGGCCAGCAGAGGAAUAAUGAUUUCAGAUGUUGCUGUGACUUCUCCGACAAACAGUUCUUUAAACAACCAGUACAAUGUAACCAUCACACCGGCGAAUUGUGGCUACAAUAUUCCACUAUUAUCUGUUGGCUUUUCAAUGAAGACUGACAACAUCUCAGGAAACACAGCGACCUACAGAGGGGGUUUGUGGCCCAACGGCACGGCUAUUACAAUCACCAGAACACAGGCUGCCUCUCCUCCAAUCGGGGGCACGUUUAGCAUUAAGGCUUAUGGGAAACAGAUUCAAGGUCUUGCAAUCAACAUAUCCAGUACAGACCUACAAUAUGCCUUGCAGACCAUACCGGAACUGGGCCAAGUUUCUGUAAGCUCCGGAAGUGUCAGCUGUGCUGGAAACUCCUGGAAUAUUAAAUAUUUAACAUCCACGGGCUCUCAGCCUCUGUUACAGAUAAACAAUUCCUUGGUAACGGGUAUAAAUGCUACAAUUACUGCAAAGAAAUUAAUCAGCGGAGGUCUGUUCCGUCAGCGCUUAUUGGGCGACUUCUUAAGGACCCCCAACAAGAACCCGCAGGUUGAGGUCUAUAUAAAUGGCAUCCCAUCGAAGUGUUCUGGGAACUGUGACUAUACAUGGGUUGGAGCUCAAACUCCAGUAAUCACUGGCAUAAAUACCACUACGAAUGACACUUCGCAGAUGUUGCAUAUAAGUGGAACUGGAUUCUCUAAAGGCUCUAUCAAUGACACAAGCUACGUGACCAUUGGUGACGCACCCUGUGCAAUUAUCGACAUUUCCGAAACUGAAAUCCAGUGCCUGAUCCAGCCAGCCAGUGCCGGUACCUUUCCCAUCAAGGUCUACAUUGGGGGUUCUGGGUUUGCGUUAUCCACUGGAAGCAACCUGACAUAUACUGUGCAGUCCUCCAUCUCUGCUGUGUCGCCAUCCUCAGGAAGCCUUGCAGGGGGAACACUUGUAACAUUAAUUGGAACCGGAUUUAGUGAAGGAUCCGUUGUCCAGUUUGGAAGCAAUAAGUGUGACAUUCUGUUUGCAAAUCUAACAACAAUCCAGUGUCGGACUGAAGCAGAAUUAGCAGGAUCUGUCGAUGUGGUUGUUCUCACAAAUGGAUAUAAAGCAACGUUACCAAGCUCAUUCAGCUACAGCGCCUCCGUCACGCCAGUCAUAACAGCAAUCAGCUCCAACAGCAGUAGUGUUUUGGGUGGGGCAAUUCUGACCAUUUCUGGGAAUAGUUUUGGAAGCCAGUCACCCAACAGUGCAGUUCUGAUUGGAAAUGUGACUUGCCAGACACUUCAGUGGAACCAAUCAGAUAUUACAUGCACGCUGCCCUCUAACCCUCCUGGGAAUUACAGUGUUUUGGUGCUAGUGGAUAAUUUGGGAUUUGCAUCAGUCAGUUCACCGGACCAAUCCUCCAUUACUUAUGUCCUAGAAGUUAACAGUAUCCAUCCAAAGUUUGGCUCUCUCUAUGGAGGAACUCACAUUACAGUGACAGGUUCUGGAUUUAGCACUGAUCAGACAAGCAAUGUGGUGAAAAUCGGAGACGUCCCAUGCAACAUCACCUCCAGUUCAGAAAAUGAAUUACUAUGUACUGUUCAAAGUCCAGGCAAAGUAUUUACUGUGACAAAUAAUGGAAAAGACCCAGUGUACGGAAGUGGAUAUGCUUGGCUACCAUCAAGCCUAUAUAUUUCUCUUGGGGAUACGGUGGUAUGGACAUGGCAACCACAGCCCUUCCUCACAGGAAUUGGAUACAGGGUAUUCUCUGUCUCGGACCCUGCAAAUGUAACUUACGAUGGCAAAACCUUUAUCAGUGGGAACACCAAAUCCCUAUCUGGUGUCUUCUCCUACAAGUUCACAUCCCCGGGAACCUAUUAUUACAGCAGUGGAUAUGUCAAUGAUGCCAGAACCAUCUUCCUACAAGGAGUAGUCUAUGUAUCUCCAGCUCAGGAUCAGAGCAGUGCCAUAUAUGUGUCUGUUGGUGGGAUAGAAGCCCAGUACAACCCAGCUUCAGCGUUGCGUCUGUCAAGAGCAGUGGACAGUUGCCUAGCACCAGAGCCAACAUGUCCUCAACUUUCAAAUAUCACUUCCAGUAAUUCUCUCUCAUUUGGGUUUUCAAGCUGUUUCUCAUCUUCCAUAACCAGCAUUAGCCCUUCUUAUGGAACCAUACAUGACUCAAUAACCAUCAAUGGAACUGGAUUCAGUGAUACUGAGUGUGCCAAUCAGGUUACAGUUGGGGAAUAUCCUUGCACUGUUUCCUACGCAGACCAGAAUACUGUGAUCUGCAAUGUAGACCCUCAGAACUCCAUGCCGGUUGGGAUUGCAGAGCUGGUUUCACUCACAGUGGAUAACUAUGGAAAUGCCAUCAACGCCAUAGCCAAGGAAAUGGAUCGACGCUUUGCUCUUCUGCCUCACAUUGAUUCUGUUACACCCAAUAAUGGAUCCACCACUGGAUUCACAAGAGUAACCAUACACGGAUCCGGGUUUUCCUAUACAAAUGGCAGCACUGUUAUUUCUGGUUUGAGCUGUACUAUCAUUUCAGUGAAUUACACAGACAUUAUAUGUGACACGCUCCCCGGCACACCACAGAAUAUCCAAGUGAAUGUUCUAGUAAAUAACAUUGGGAGCCAGUGCAAAGGGUCCUGCAGCUUCUCAUACAUCAGUAGUGCUUCCCCUGCUAUAAGCAGUAUAUCCCCUACUUCUAUAUACAACUCUACUACAUUGUACAUAACUGGUUCUGGAUUGGGCACCAGCGAUAAUGACAUUUUAGUUUAUGUGGGAAACUGGCUGGCACAGGUAAUUAGUUCUAAUGACACAGACCUAGCCUGUACCAUUGGCCCUAUUCCUGCUGGCAAUUACACUGUCAAAGUUAUUGUUUUAAGCACGGGGUUGGCAACAGGGAAGUUGACUGUAACUAGCCCGGCACAGGCAACUCUUCUAACUCCAUCGGGAAGCACUGAAGGCGGCACUCUCCUAUCAAUCACAGGAAAUGGAUUUGACCCUCUCAAUACCACUGUGUUGGUUGGUGGAACAUUGUGCCAAAUUGUGUCCGUGGCCCCAAGCAACAUUCAGUGCCUUACACCUCCCUCUACAGCUGCAGGGGCUGCAACAGUCUCCAUCCGUGUACGUUCUGCCACUUACCCACCCCUGAGCUUCUCAUAUUCCCAGAGUGACACCCCCAUUGUGUCUUCAGUCGUUCCAAACACAGGUGUACCAGGAACUCCAGUUACCAUCACUGGAUCAGGAUUUGGUUCAGAUGCCACAAAGACCUCAGUAACUAUAGGCAACACAGCAUGUACUAUAGCAACAAUAUCAGAUACCCAGGUACAGUGCACCACGGGCAACAACGCCGGAGGAACUUUCCCUGUCAUACUGAAAACUGAGAAGGGAUUCGCCAAGUCCAACGUGCAGUUUAAAUACCAACUGACUAUAACAAAUGUCUCUCCAAAUACAGGAAGCUUUGCCGGUGGAUUGAUAAUCACCCUCACUGGAUCUGGGUUUGACCAACUGAACUCCAGAGUCUUUGUGUGCAACUCAGAGUGCCAAGUAGACAGAAACCAGUCAAACCCAAACUCCCUAAUUUGUGCAGCUCCUCCACAGAAUGCUUCUGGCUCUACACUGACUUGUGAUGUCCAGGCUGCAAAUGGCAAUAAUUCUGUCCAGCUGAACAGCUCCUUCACCUACAAUUCUGCCCUGACUCCUAUAAUAUUUGAUGUGACCCCUAAGAGAGGUGGUACAGCUGGCGGGACAAAUCUCACCAUCACUGGCUCACAGUUCAGCUCAGACAUCUCCCAGAUCACAGUUACCGUAGCACAAGCCAACUGCCAAGUGCAUUAUGCCAAUAGCACGCAAAUUAUAUGUGUAACGGGAGCUCACUCUCCUUCACAACGUACUAAGGUGCAAGUGAAGAUUGACGGAAAAGGACUUGCCACAAUGCAAAAUGCUGAUUUCUUCUACAUUGACGUUUGGUCUUCAAGAUACACUUGGGGGGGAGACACUCCUCCUGAUGAAGGAUCACUGGCAGUUAUCACACAAGGACAAACCAUCUUGUUGGACCAAAGCACUCCAGUGCUAAAGAUGCUUCUGAUUCAGGGGGGAAGUUUAAUCUUUGAUGAAGCUGAUAUUGAGCUACAAGCAGAGAAUAUUCUCAUUACAGAUGGAGGGCUUCUUCAGAUUGGAACUGAAGAUGCGCCAUUCCAGCACAAAGCAAUAAUUACUUUGCAUGGACAAUUACUGUCUCCUGAGUUACCCGUGUACGGUGCUAAAACGUUAGCCGUCAGGCAAGGAACGCUGGAUCUACACGGACAACCAGUGCCUGUAACUUGGACCCGUCUGGCACAAACAGCCGAAGCUGGAACGUCUACUCUCGUCUUGCAAAAAAGUGUAACUUGGAAGCCUGGAGAUGAAAUCGUCAUAGCAUCUACAGGAGAUAGACACAGCCAGAGAGAAAAUGAGAAAAUGACAAUCUUGAGCAUUUCUCAAGAUGGUAGAACUGUGAAUCUAACACAGCCAUUAACUUACAAGCACUUGGGGAUAUCGGUCACUCUUCCUGAUGGCACAAUAUUUGACGCAAGGGCAGAAGUUGGCGUUCUUACGAGAAAUAUUCUUGUGAGAGGAUCUACUAACGUUGAAUGGAGUGACAAAAUAAAAGCUUGUCCUGAUGGAUUUAAUACUGGUGAAUUUGCUACACAAACAUGUUUCCAGGGAAGAUUCGGCGAAGAAGUAGGAAGCGAUCAGUUUGGAGGCUGUAUUAUGUUCCACGCUCCAAAGCCAAAUCAGCUUUUGUCCAUUGGAAGAAUAGAAUAUGUGGAGGUAUUCCAUGCAGGACAAGCUUUCAGGCUUGGGCGCUAUCCAAUACACUGGCAUUUAAUGGGUGAUCUCCAGUUUAAGUCAUAUGUACGAGGCUGUGGCAUUCACCAGACAUACAACAGAGCUGUUACCAUUCAUAACACCCAUCACCUUCUUGUGGAAAACACUGUAAUAUAUGACAUUAUGGGAGGAGCAUUCUUUAUUGAGGAUGGAAUUGAGCAUGGGAAUAUCCUUCAGUAUAACUUGGCUGUGUUUGUUCAGCAAAGCACCAGUCUCCUAAAUGAUGAUGUCACUCCAGCUGGAUUUUGGGUAACUAACCCCAAUAAUACAGUUAGGCACAAUGCAGUGGCUGGGGGCACACACUUUGGUUUCUGGUACAGAAUGCACGAUAAUCCAGAUGGUCCCUCCUAUGACCCGACAAUUUGUCAAAAGAGAGUCCCACUUGGUGAAUUUUACAACAACACGGUUCACUCUCAAGGAUGGUUUGGAAUCUGGAUUUUUGAAGAAUAUUUUCCAAAGGUGGGUGGUACGUGCGGUUCUACUACUCCACAGCCUGCUGCUUUUAAAUCACUGACAACUUGGAACAGUCAGAAAGGGGCAGAGUGGGUGAAUGGUGGAGCUCUUCAGUUCCACAACUUCACAUUGGUAAAUAACCAAGAUGCAGGUAUAGAAAUGAAGAGAGUUUUUUCAGAACAUGUUGGUGGCUGGGGAGAAGCAAUUGGAGCUGAAAUUAAGAAUACUAAAAUAGUCGGCCAUGUUGAUGAACUUGGGUUAGGCUCCAGUUACUGCACUGCCAGAGGUAUAGUUCUUCCAUUUGACGAGGGCUUAACGGUGUCAUCUGUAACCUUCAUGAAUUUUGAUCGGCCGGGAUGUGCCAGCAUAGGCGUUACCUCGAUUGCAGGAUUAUGCAUCGACAGAUGUGGAGGCUGGAGUGCUAAAUUUGAUGGCAUAAAGUAUUUUAAUUCACCAAACAAGGCUGGAUUCAGAUGGGAACAUGAAGUUGUUUUAAUUGAUACAGAUGGUACUCUAACAGGAGGGACUGGAAAUAAAGUGGUACCAGAAAGUGGAUUGCUGGAUCCCUCACAGUGCAGUAAAAGCAGUGACUGGAGUGUUGGGUUCAAUGGAUACGUCUGUAACUCCACUGUCAGGUUCCAUCGCUUGGCCUUCAACAAUCCAACGCCAACUUCUCUUCUUGGGAAGGAUGUCAUCCUUUCAAAUUCUUUUGGUGUCAGCGUUGUACCUUUUCUUGCGAAACGCCUGACUCAUAAGCCUGGAUGGAUGGCUCUGCUGCCCAGUACAACUACUUAUAACUGGUAUUUCAGGAAUUCUGAUUUCAUCUCAAACAUCACCUAUCAGUCAACUUUCUAUGGCUUUAAGAAUUCCGACUUUGUCAUAGUAUCCCACAACCUUACUCAAAGGCCAGACAUGUUUACAAUAGUUGACACAAGAAAUGGAUCUCAGCAGCAAGUGACUUAUGAUACCAACAACAACGGAGACUGGUACUUUAAUGACAACACGACUACAUUGUAUUAUCUCGUAUCUGGAAAACACAAGUUACAAAAACGGGCCAUUGCUGGGACACUGGAUCCUGAUAUGACAAAUGUUAAUGUCAAUCUUAAAGUCAACAACUGCUUUUUCAAAAACUGUAUCCCUCCUCCUCCAGCCUCCACCAUUGUGCCAUCGGUCUAUGAUUAUUGGUCCAACCGUUCCUUCUGGGAAUCAUCUGUAGAGAACAACAAAACGGUUCCAAAAGAAGGAUCCAAUGUGAUCAUCCCUGCAGACAAAUGGGUCAUAGCUGAUGUAGACAUCCCACCUCUAGAAAAGCUGGUUAUUUAUGGCAUUUUAGAGAUACGAAACCUCACAAACAACUCAACAACAAGAAGCAGCAGUGUCUACAGGACAACUGUUCUCAGUGCUACGUACAUAUCUAUACAGGGUGGAAGGUUGAUAGCAGGAAAGGAGAACAAUCCAUUCCAAGGGGAGUUACACAUUAUUCUAAAAGGAAACCAUUCAACACCAGAGAUGCCCCUGCCUAAUGGUCCCAACCAGGGCUCCAAGGUUCUUGGUGUGUUUGGCCAACUGGACCUGCAUGGAAUGCCCCGCUCUGUUUACAGAACUAAGUUGGCAACAACAGCAGCUGAAGGAUCCCAGACUAUUACUUUAGUGGAUGCCGUAGACUGGCAGGCUGGAGAAGAAAUUUUAAUCACUACCACCAGUUAUGAUACGUGGCAGACGGAAACCAGACAAAUCGUCACUGUGUCUCCUGACAUGAGAACUAUCACUCUGAAUGCUUCUCUCAACUACACCCACAUUGCUGAGAGCUAUUCUGUGGCCAACACAAGCUGGAAUUACACACUGGCAGCCGAUGUUGCUUUAUUGACCAGAAACAUAAAGAUCAUUGGGCAAGAUUACCCAGGCUGGUACCAAGAAUCGUUUGGUGCGCGGGUGCUGGUUAGCACAUUCUCGAUGAAUAACGUUCAGUAUACAGGAAGCGCAAGAAUUGAAAAUGUUGAAUUUUACCACAGUGGACAGCUGGGCUACACCGACCCAUCAGACCCCCGAUACUCAUUGGCUUUCCUGUAUCUUGGAGAGGUAUCGAGGAACACCUCCUAUGUCCAAGGCUGCUCCUUCCAUCAGGGCUUCUCGCCAGCAAUUGGUGUUUUUUCCACCAACGGAUUGGAUAUUGAGGACAACGUUAUUUACUUUACAGUGGGAGAAGGAAUCAUAGUAUCAGGAGAACGUGUAACUGUGCGGGGAAAUCUUGUAUCAGUCACUGUCUGGCCAGGAACCUACCAGGGAAGAUUUGAAGUAACCAAUAUUUUAUGGCACGCUGCCAUACAGAUCAAUGGAGGAACUGACAUAGUGUUACAGAACAAUGUGGUUGCUGGAUUUGAAAGAGUUGGAUACCGCAUUAAUGGGGAACCCUGCACAGAUGGGAAUGACACCAGAGUACAGUGGCUGAACAAUGAAGCACAUGGAGGAUUACAUGGAGUUUAUAUGAAUAAAGAUGGGCUUCCUGGGUGUUCCCUAAUCAGAAGAUUUACAGUGUGGAGAUGUUGGGACUAUGGCUUUUACUUCCAGACACCAAUGAGUCUGAAGAUUUCGGAAUCUGUGUUAGUUGAGAAUGGCAUAGGAAUAUUUACUAUUGUGUACGAACCACCAUCAGUCUCUCAUGAGUUAUCUAACAAAACUGUGGACAUCUCGAAAUCAUUACUUGUGGGGAGCAGUCCAAGCUUCAACUGCAGCGAUAUCCUGACAGAUGAUAAUGCCAAUAUUAAGAUAUCAGCAGGACAACGAAGCAUCAGGCCUCUGACAGGAGGAAGAAGUGGAAUCUCUUGGCCAUCAUUUAUCUCUUCUCAUAAUGCCGCACCGGAAAAACCCUUCGCUGAUACUAUGAGUUAUAAUGCAAUAACUGGCCUAAUGACUGUAGAAGAUACAACCUUUGUUGGAUACAAAAGUGUGUGCGCUAAUGAAACCAAUAUCAUGUUUUUUACGAACCCCCUCAAUGAUGACUUACAGCAUCCAAUAGAAGUAUCUGGGAUCCAAAUGGCUGACAGUACAGAAGAUCAAAAAGUAUUUAUCCACAGACCCGAUCUCUCGAAGGUUAACCCCUCUGACUGCGUGGAUAUGGACUGUGAUGCCAAGAAGAAAAGCCUAUUAAAAGAUCUUGAUGGCUCCUUCCUUGGGCAUCAAGGUGCUGUGGUUCCACAGUCAGAAUACGCAUGGGAUACAGAUCCAAGAUAUGGUGUUGGGGACUACCGCAUUCCUAAGGCUAUGUUGACCCAGCUUAACGGAAGCCGAAUCCCAGUGGCACAAGUGGCUCCAUACAAAGGGGUCAUCAGGGACUCAUCCUGUGUGUAUUUGUCUGCCUGGGAGGCCUAUAAAUGCUUUGGAUUAAAUUAUGAGAUGCUUGUUAUUGAGAGUCUUGAUAGUGAUACAGAGACAAGGAGACUGUCACCAGUUGCUGUGUUGGGUAGUGGUUACGUUGACCUUAUCAAUGGGCCCCAAGACCACGGCUGGUGUGCUGGAUACACAUGCCAAAAAAGAGUCUCACUGUUCCACGCUAUAGUGGCUAGCAAUAAGUCAUUCGAUAUCUAUUUCACAAGCACCAGCCCACAGAGUCUCCGCCUUAUCCUACUGAAUACCGACAGUUCAAAAGCUGUCCGUGUUGGUAUAUUUUACUCAAAUCCUCAGCGGCUGGAUGUAUAUGUUAACAAUUCUUAUGUACUUCCAACUAAUGGAUAUGUACAAAGCAAUGGAGAUGUAUUAUUUAAGGAACCUUCCUACACAGGACAAUACACGCCUCAACUCAGUUCCAAUGUUGAUGGAGAAAACUACUUUGAUAAUGACUACAAGAUGCUCUAUAUCCUGGUUAGAGGGUCAACUCCAGUAGAAGUGCGUACCACUCCUUUGAUAGUCGUUUCCUUUAACCUACCCGCCAUGACAGAGGAUCAGUUCUAUGGAGCCAACCUGGUUACAAACCUUGCGCUCUUCCUGAAGAUCCCAGCGCAAAAAAUCCGCAUUACUAAAAUAAUCGCUGAAGGAAGUCAACGAAGGAAAAGGGCAGCUGGGGGGCUCACCGUGUCUGUGCAAAUUGCAGAUCCACCCGGUCAACAAGCAAACAGCACUAACGGAACAGGUAGCCUGAACUACUCCAAUUUUCAAAACAUAAGUCAAAGCUUGGCCGCAGCUGCAGUCAGUGGCAGUUUGAGUUCUUUCCUGAAUGUUACUGUCGGCUCCUUGUCCAUCUCUGAUCCUGUCCCAUCUCCAAGUGAUCCAGCAUGGAACCAGGUUGCAAACCAGACUGUAGACAGAACUCAGAGCACUGUUGGAAGUUACUUGGCCAGUGUAUCUACUCUCGUUGUUGUUGUGCAGCCGGUGGCCGGGACACCAGGACAAGUCCUAUCCCAACAGCCAGCAGUAAUGGCUCUGGAUUCUAAAGGAGCCUGCGUCUCUGUAAGUGUCAGCUCUCUGUCACUAACAGCACGGCUGAAGAACAGCAACAACACUUAUGUGGACAGUGGGCUUGGCGGAAAUACAACUAUUCUUUUCAAUGGCUGCUGGGCCAAUUAUACUGAUCUUACUCUCAAACUACCAGGCAGUGGUUUUACACUGGAAUUUAUGCUCAACAAUAUCUAUGGACAGACCAGAUCUUUUGAUAGUAGAGCAGCGCCGACCACAAGCUCAGCAACAACGACGACAACGGCAACAACAAAGACAACAACAACAACUACAAGUAGUGGCCAACCGGUCGCACCAGACAGUGGAUCUGCCAUUAAAAGCUCCCUGUACACAAUAGUGCUGCUUGCAAUCACUCUCGUUGGGAUGAAUGUAUUUAUGGACCAGCCUUGAGUGGAUCGACCAGCAGCUAUCUGGAAAUGGAAGAAAGAAAUAUCGUAGAUGAACAGUUAUGUGACCGAUACAUUUUCAAGAGAAAUAUGAAAGCACUAUGAAGGCAACACACAUACAAUAGAACCCCCAUUUUGAGUUUUUCAGGGGACCAGAAAAAAAUGGUGCAAAAAUCCGGAAAAAUUUAAAAACAGGGAAGUUUAUUAUGUGUUAUAUCUUAGUGGGACUACAAAACAAUGGUGUAAAAUGCAGGAAAACCUGAAAUCAGGGGAUGGAAAAUUGAUCUAUAUACUAAACGUAUGUUAUGUAACUAUAUUCUGAAAUAAAUAUUUCCUUUUUCUAGACUGACCAGUAAUGUAACAAGAUACAGAUAGAGCAGACUUUAAGUAUUGUUGUUAUCACAGUUGCACCCAAACAAUACACUAUAUACUACUGCAGAAACUAAGCUAAGGGGCUCCCAAAAGGUUCAGUAGGGCCACACUACAAGAGAGCACAGAUUCAAUGCAUAAUAGUAUCAUCCAAAAGGCAAAUUGCCAAUGAGCUCAAACUUGCAAGAAGGUAGUUUGCCAAUCAUAAAUGUGUGCAUAAAUACGAUUUCUAUGAUUAAAAAUAGUAUUUAAUCCAAACAGAAACAAAGAUAAUAAAUGAAAACUAGAUGAUGAUUCUCUAAAUAUGUAUUUUGUAUAUACAAUAUAUAUGAUGUCUCUAAUUUCUUAAUAUAUAAGAAAAUAUUCUAUUUUAAUAUUUGGAAAAAUAUAGAAUAAAAUGAUUUCUUCCACAAAAACAUGCACUUUCCAAAAUAAACUUGGCUGAGCAACAACAAAAAAA